AACAAAAGUAUAGACAAAAAGUGAACAUCAGAGUUUAGCCAUAGGGCGGGCUGUAUUUUGUUUUUUACCUUGGCCAAAGGUGGAUGAUUUUGCAGGGCUUCUUUCUCAUCCACAUCUCUCCCUCUCUCUCUCCAAAAAGAAACACAAAUAUAUGCAGAGAAAGGAAAGUAAUUGCCAUGUGUUGGUAGAUUACUAUUUUAUGUGCCUGCUCUUACAUGCAUACCUAUAAUUAGAUUCUCUUGUUUUAUCAAGAAAAAGGCAUGAUGGUGAAUUAGUGUCUGUGCAGACAGGUUUCCUUCAUCUCUUUCUAGAAAUUAAGGUUGUCUUCUGCUGUAAAUCCAAGUGAAGCUAGAAGAACAAGCCAUCAUCCAGAGAAGACAGUCACCAUUUUAAUUUCACCUACUUUACUGCCUUUUCUAGGUUUUUGUAGUAUAUUUUAUUCCUUAGAUCUCAAAUAUCUUUCAUAUCUAAGAAAGUGAUGUUACAAGUUAAAAUUUGAUGAUUCAAUGGCAGUAUAUUGGAGGCCAUGGAAGAAAAUAUGUCAAAUUUGACAUGUGAAGCAAGCUUGUUUUCAAACAGCAGCAAUCUCACUCAACUGCCAACCAAAAAAAGGAGAAAUCAGCCUGGCCAUCCAGAGCCUGGAGCAGAAGUUAUAGCUCUAUCACCAAGAAGCCUUAUGGCAACAAACAGAUUUGUGUGUGAUGUAUGCAACAAAGGGUUCAAGAGAGACCAAAACCUGCAGCUUCACAGGAGAGGCCACAAUCUGCCAUGGAAGCUGAAGCAGAAAUCCAAGAAAGAAGCUGGGAGGAAAGUGUACAUCUGCCCAGAAAUCGGGUGCGUUCACCACGAUCCGUCGAGGGCGCUGGGCGACCUGACCGGAAUCAAGAAGCAUUUCUUCAGAAAACACGGCGAGAAGAAGUGGAAGUGCGAGAAGUGCUCCAAGAAAUACGCGGUCCAGUCGGAUUGGAAAGCGCAUUCCAAAAUCUGCGGCACGCGAGAGUAUAGAUGCGAAUGCGGAACCCUCUUCUCCAGGAGAGAUAGUUUUGUGACACAUAGAGCCUUUUGCGACGCGCUAUCGCAAGAGGCUCAAAUGGGAGCAAAAUCCAUCAACAUAAACAAGGAGGAAAUCCCGGCAUGGCUAUCUUCUAUAAAUCCGAGCAAUAGCAUUUGGCCUGGUGCCUACCACCACCACCAGCCUACGCACUUCUCUGCCACCGCGUUGCUACAAAAAGCGGCGCAAAUGGGAGCAAAAUCCAGCUCCCAACAAUUCCCAUCCCCAUUCACAACACCACACCAAGCAGGUCACGUGACGCCUAUCCAGACAGAGGGUUUUGGCACGUCACGUGACCAGCUCGUCCACAGCUUGGCUUCAUACGAAGAUAAAGCCGCCUCCACUACUCCUCUAGCUCAUCAUGAUCAGAUGAUGAUGAUGACGAUGAACAAGAACAAUGCUGGCUUCCAUCAAGGAAGAGAUGAUCAUGUAUUCGCGGGCGGGUUCAAUGGCACGAGGGAUUUCUUAGGAUUAAGGCCAUUGUCGCAAAACGACAUUCUAAGCCUAACUGGUUUUGACAGCUGCAUCAAUAGUAACUCUUGUGACCAAAACCAUAACCCGAAAUAUUGGUAAGAUAACGUGCUGGUGCGGUCCAGUACAAGUUCGAACCAACUGUCGAGCAGUCGGGCCGACCUGUAUCAUCACGGAUUGAUAGUAGUAUAUGUCCUACUAUGGCCCUCCAAUGCUCAAGUCAAUAUUUGUUCAUUGGUUUUGGAUCAUUUAGUCAAAAUUUGAAAGCCUAUGCUGCUAUGCAUGUAGUGUUUUUGGGGCUCAUUCAUACCUCAAUUGAUGCAAUUGUUAUGCUUUGAGAUUUAUUUA